CUAUUUUCCUCCUGUCCAGCUGUUCCGACUUUUACGUCUGCCAGUGUAGUCGCGGGCGACGAAGUCGUCGUCGUCGUCGGGCGUCUGGACGACCCAGUGAGCGGCCGAUAGUCUCGCCGCGCGUUUCGCAUACUUUUAAUAGUGCGUCCGAGAAGAGGUGGUGGAUAUAGUACCGUGCGUUUUCGGGUUAUGACGGUAUGGCGGGCGCCGCUAGAGCAGCAGCGCCCGGCGGCAGCGUCCACAAGGUCAGGGAGUUCGAGCUCGAGCGCGUCAACCUGGUGGACGAGUUCGACAUCCUACAGAUCGUCGGCGAGGGCUGGUUCGGCAAGAUUCUGCUGGUCGAGCACCGCGCGACCGACACGGAGAUGGUGCUCAAGGCGCUGCCGAAGCCCUAUACAGCGCUCAAGGAUUUCUACAGGGAGUUCCACUACGGCCUACACCUGGGGGCCCACAAGAACAUCGUCACCGCGUACGACGUCGCGUUCGAGACUGCCGGAUUCUACGUGUUCUCGCAGGAGUACGCCCCACUCGGCGAUCUAACCUCGAACGUCUCCGAGAUCGGUAUCGGGGAGCUGCAUACGAAGAGGGUGGCGCGUCAAUUGGCCGCCGCGUUGGAGUUCAUGCACGCCAGGGACCUGGUGCACCGCGACGUCAAGCUGGACAACAUUCUCGUGUUCAAAUCGGACUUUUCGCGGAUCAAACUAUGCGACUUCGGGGAGACCCGGAAAGCGGGCUCGACGGUGCUGCGCAGGAACGAGUGGCUGCCCUACGCCGCCCCCGAGAUCCUCGAGGUGCCCACGGACGGCAGCUACGCGACCAACACGUCGCACGACGUGUGGCAGUUCGGUAUCGUCAUCUUCGUCUGCUUGACGGGGUGUCUGCCGUGGCAGAAGGCGUCCCGCGAAGACCCCAGGUACGCCAGAUACCUGUCGUGGCAGAACAGUGCGUUGCCGAUCAAGCGGCAGCCGAAACUGUUCAAGCUGGUAUCGUCCAAAGCUCAGAGGUUGUUCAAAAAGUACCUGGAGCCGAAGCCGGAGCGACGCCCCGCCACCCUCUCCGACGUCUACAGGUUCACCGACGACCGAUGGAUGUCGAAGGGCAUGGAGAAGACGAACGAGACGCUGAAAGAGGAGGAGGGCCUGUGCCCGUCGAUGUACAGCUUCCACAGCUCGCCGGAGGAGAAAAACAAGCUGCUGCGCACUCUCGCCCUCUACGGCCUCGAGACCACCGUCGACAGGAACGCGAAGAAGGACCGGAUCAGGCAAUGGAUCCAGAGCAGCGUCAUCGAGGAGGAGAACGAGGACGUCGACGACGACGACGUCGACGAAGAAAAGUUAAAGAUCCACGACCAUCGAAACGGGCCCACGGGCGAACGAGUGGGGGCGAGGGGGCCGGUUUCCAAAGACUCGGGGGCGGGGAGGGAAUAUAAACCGCCCGUGGACCCCAGGAUACCGCUCGAACGACAAAAGGACAAGCUCCGCCCCGCGACACACGCGCCCGCCAAUAGAAACGGCGGGUGGGCGUGGCCGGCUCGAAACGGCCACGCCCACGCGGACGAGAAGGUUCCGGCGUCGGUCGUCGCCGCUGCGUUGCCUUUUAGGCACGUCACGAUCGCGGACACGCCCGGCGUCAGGCACAACAUAAGCGUGCAGUUACCGCAGACGUCGGGCGUCGUGGCGCCUUCGAUGAGGACCGCGAGGGAGGGACACCGAAAGAGUGUCAGGCACAAGACGUAGGUUAGGUUCAACCGUUAGGUUUCCGGCUCUGUGAUAUCUAUUACGUUUGGUUUACCUUUUUAUUCGACCAAAAAUACAUUUUUAACGAUUUAGAGGGGGAUGUUUUAUUACACGAAUUAGAAACGAAUAUAAAUCUGCAAUAGAGUAGUUACGUACUCGAACCGUUGACAUAGAAUGACUUCUUUCUCUUCUUCUUUUUUGAUAUUCUCAAACAG